AUGCGCAUCUCCGCAUCUCUCGGGCUCAUCUUGGCCUCUGGCCUCCUGGGCCAUUCUGGCGCUCAGACGGUCGACUACGCAACUGCUCCCAACGACAGCCCUGGUGGCAGCCCAGGAGACGGAUCUGGUGGCAUUCCUCCUGGCAAUCCCAACGGAGCUCCAGGCAGUGCGCCCUUUCCCGGCAACGCCCCAGGGUCUCCUGGCUCCUUCCCUGGCGGACAUGAUCCAAACUUCCCUCCCACUGCCCCCGGAGGUCUUCCUCCCAACAUCCCAGGUGGUGCUCCUGGUACCUUUCCUGGAUCCGGACCUGGCUCCGCUCCCGGCAGUUCUCCCGGCGGUUUUCCUGCCAAUGUCCCCGGCACCGGCCCUGUAGUCGUUCCUGGUGGUGUCCCUGGUGGUGUCCCUGGUGGUGUCCCUGGUGGUGUCCCUGGUGGUGUUCCUGGCGCUAGCUCUGUGGUCUUCCCCCCCGGAUCUCCCAACGGCAUUCCUCAUCUUCCCCAGAACGCCCCCAACGCCCCCGGUUCUCCUGUCAUCGGUGCAUCGAGCCUUCCUACUUGCCCCUUGACCACCAAGACUGUUGUUGUUACUGUUAUCCCCACAGGUCCUCAUGGUGGAUCUGGCUUUCCUGCUCCUGGUCGUGCUGGUCCUCAACAGACUGGUGUCCCAGCGCCCUUCCCCACAAAGCCUCCUCGAUUCUCCGCCACAGGUGUGAGCCCAGUUGUCUCCCCUUUCACAACCCUGACUGUUGAUCUCUGGGGUCCUGGCUCUGGCAAUGACGAUGCUCCCGGAUCCGGCGAUAGCAACACUCCUGGCUCUGGCGACGGCAGUGCUCCUGGUGGCGACACUGGCAACAUCAACCCUAACACUGGUACUGGCUCAGGUGGCGACGUUGGCUCUGACCACGGCUCUGACUCGGGUCUCGGUGGCUCCAAUGAUGGUGCCGAUUCUGGUGAUCUUGGCAACAGCUCUGACGAUGGCACUGAUUCGGGUUUGGGCAAUAGCGCCAACGAUGGUGUCGACUCUGGUGUUGGCAGCAACUCGAACGAUGGCACACACUCACUCUUCUCUUCCCCCUUCCCUGGCUCCAACCCCGCUCCCAAGUACUCCGAGCCUGCCCCCGGCGGUUCUUCUGGAGACUUCCCCAGCUGGCCUGGCUCCAGUACACUGGGACCUGUACCUACUCCUUUCCAGAUACCCGGAUCUUCAGGCCCUGGAGGUUUCCCUGAAAGUCAACAACAAAACCCCUCCCAAGGCCCUGUUCAGGAAGCAAGUGACAGCCUUCCAGUCACCACCCAAGCCGGCCCACAAGGCCCAGGCGGCAGCUCCCCAUGGCUCACAACAGUUGGUGGCGGUGACAAUGCUGGUCAACCCAGAUCACCUUGGAUCACUGUCACAGGACAAGAUGGACUGCCCACUGUUAUCAAUGCCCCCGGCUCACCUCAACCUUCUACCCCUUGGCUCACCAUCACUGGCCAGGACGGACUCCCGACCGUGAUCACUGGUGGAGAUGACACUGUCCCUGGUCAGAGUGAACCUCAUGCACCAUGGCUCACUAUCACUGGGCAAGACGGACUGCCUACCGUGAUCAGUGGCGGACACGGCACCCCUACAGACCAAGCUCGACCAUCUACACCUUGGGUUACCGUUACGGGCCAGGACGGACUACCAACUGUGGUCAGCAGCGGAGAUGAGACUGUCCCACGCCAAGCCGAACCUCAUACACCUUGGCUCACUGUCACUGGACAAGAUGGACUUCCCACCGUGAUCGAUUCCCCAGGCCCAAACCAGCCUUCUACCCCCUGGCUUACAAUCACUGGUCAGAAUGGACUGCCUACUGUUAUCAGUGGUGGCCAAGCUACCGCCCCAGGACAGCCUCAGCCCUCGACACCCUGGCUUACUGUCACCGGACAAGAUGGACGUCCCACUGUUAUCAAUGCUCCUGGUUCACCUCAGCCUUCCACUCCUUGGCUCACCAUCACCGGGCAGGAUGGACUACCCACUGUUGUUCGCGGCGGCGAUGGCACAGCUCCUGGUCAAGCCCAGCCUCCUUCGUUCACAGGCUUUCCACAAGGCCAAGGUCUUCCCAGUGGCAUCUCUGCCGUCCCAUUCCCUCUCCCUUCUGCGCCUGGUAUCCCAGGUGGCUCAGGAUCUCAGGGUAGUGAUCAAGUCCUCCCCAGUGGCAUUCCAUUCCCUGCUCCAGGUGCUCCAGGCGCCCCCCUCCCCGGUGAUGGAUCUAGACCAGGCGUCACAACUUGCGCGACCUUUACCACUACUGGCGCUGAUGGCCUUCCAACCGUUGUCGAAUCCACCUGGGUGAUCCCUUCCACUGGCCCUGUCGCUGAAGCUUCUUCGCAACUUCCAGUCUCUGGUCUUCCACAGGGAUCUCUUUCAGGCAUUCCCUUCGAUGUUGGCAGCAUUCCUACCGGCUCAUUCCAUGUCCCUGGAUCUCCUCAGGAUGAUUCAGGCAGUUUGGUCGCAACAACUUGCACAAGCUUCACACUCAUUGGCACUGAUGACCUUCCAACUGUAGUUCACUCCACUUGGAUUGUUCCCGCCGACACUCCUGGCUCUGGAGACUCUAAGCAUGGCCCGAUCUCUACAGGAGCCUCUCUCCCCGGUUUCCCAACUGCUGGCCCUGCAGGUAUCCCAACUGGUCUCCCAACCGGUCUCCCCACUGGUCUUCCCACUGCAUCUGACUUGGAUGGUGCAACUCCUAUCACUACACACGCCAGUUUCACAGUCAUUGGUUCUGAUGGAAUCCCGACCGUUGUCGUCUCUACCUUGGUCAUACCUGGACCUCUGGUCACCGGAUCUGCCGUCAUUGGUAGCCCUGAGGCUCCUUCUGAGGCUUCGGACGCACUUCCAAACGGCAUCACUUCAUCUGCCAACGGCCAAGCCAGCGGUCUUCCCGGCCUCUCCUCAUCUGGGUCUGCUGGUUCUGGGGUUGUCACAGGUGGAGGCAUCACGACUUGCACCAGUUACACCAUGAUUGGACCAGAUGGCCUUCCAACAGUAGUCGACUCGACUUGGGUAAUCCCCGGGGCCAUUGACACGCAACCAGGAAACCCUGCCCUUACCUCAGACGCCUUUUCAUCUGGCUUGCCUUCAGGAGUUCCUGGUAACCCUUCUUUCGUCUCCGAUGAUUUUCCACCAGGCUUGCCCACAGGCGUUCCCGGCCAGAUCACUGCCUCUCCAGGCCUUCCAUCUGGGAGCAACCCCAACGGUCAAGCUGGCAUCACUACCUGCAUCACCUACACUGUCCUGGGAACCGACGGUCUUCCAACUAUCAUCGACUCGACUCUGGUAAUCCCUACCGGAACGGAGCCCACUGGAACCAACCCUGGGCUGCCCUCUGUGACUGGUGUUCCCCAGCCUGAUUCUUCUGAUGACUCUGCCGGAACGUUUGCCUCACUCACUACGGCUAUCAUCAUCGGACCCGACGGGAAGCCUACUUUGACUGUCCAGACAGUCAUCUUUGGCGAUUCAUCUGCUCUUGGCGUAUCAACAAGUGCCCCGCAAGGAGCUAUUUCAGGCGUUUCAUCACUGCCCCCCUUUGGACCUGUUGUCACUUCUGUCGACUUGGGCCCCCUCGUCACAGGCAGCCCCAGUAUUGACAGCUACGGCGCCAUCAUUUACGAUCAGUCCAUGUCUGGUCUCGUCGCCGAUAGCAGUGCCGAUGCUCAAGGUGAUUCUGUUAUUGGCACCGUCACAGGUACACUAACUUGGACUGUUACCUCUGUUGUUGAUUCUACUGGUGGCCCUGUUUUCUCGAGUGGUGGAUCUGAUCCUCUAGCUCCUUACAACACGCUGGGCAGUCCCGCCCCCAGCGAGUUCACCCUCUGGCCUUUGUCGUCGCCCCCUGUUACUCUACAGACCAGUACAUGGACCAAUGUCGUCGUGGAGAAGACCACUUCUUACACUCUCAACUUCCCCCUCACCACACUUGCCACAAUCACUGUGGGGAAGAGACACAUUCGCCGCCAGGAAGCAUCAGUCUGGUCCAACUCGACCACCUCAGAGGUUUCGCCUGCCUCAACUUCCACUGCAAGCUCUGACGCCAGUUCAACCUCUAUCUGUGCGACCGGUUUGAGCAUUGGAAACACCACCAUUGAUUUCGACAACUCCAAGGCUGGUCCCCUUUUCAACCCUCAAGAGAACAUCUGGUUUUCUUCAGGCUUCUUGAUCGCGCCCCCAACUUCAGAACAGCCCCAACCCUAUAUUCCUUCCUCUGGCGGCCAGCUCGUAGAGUUUGUUCCACCUGCCCUGUCCAACACCACAACCACCGGCUCCGGAGACGUCGCUCAGAUUGGUAUGGGACCUCAUGCCCCUAGCCCUUGUUUCCGAUUUGACUUCUUUGGUGCGAGCUUUGGCUGCGACGCUCAAGGCAAUGAGAAGUGGUGCGAAUUCGAGAUCUCGGCUUACCGCUGGAACGCCACUACCUCGAGCGAAGAAUCCAUUGCCUGGUCUGAGAUCAAGCAAGUCCCUGCCUGUCCUACCUUCUCUGAGGGCGGCUACGAGCUGACCCGAAUCGACUUGGAUGGCUACACUGAUCUCUCCUCCGUUCUGAUUACUCUUCGGGUCUCCCAGGAGCUUCGAGUCUGGUGGGGAGACGACUUCCGCGUCGGGUGGACCGACAACACUUGCGACGCUGCCGCUUGCCGCACACAUGCCCCCACCUACCUCAUGAAGGAAGAGGCUGUCGCCGAUGCUGUGCGUCGGGGUGUGUUCCAGUGGUCGCGAACCAACACGUUUGAUCGCAUCGAUGAUGCCGUUGUCUAG